AUGGGCAUCGAAAAUCUAUGGAAGUUGUUGGAACCAGUUGCAGAGCAUAUCUCCUUGCAUCAGCUGGCCAUUGAGGAAGGCUUUGUGAACAAUAGCGGGGGAGUAAGGGCAUUGAUGCAAGUUGGGUAUACCGCACACUCUACAGGCAUGGUGCUUCAAAAAAUCCAGAGCUGGCGACACUUUAUGCAAGAUGCUGCCACCUGCUCAAUAAACCCAUUCGGCCAUACUUCGUUUUCGACGGUACAAAGCACUCUAGUGUGA